ACCUCUAAGUCACCUGCAAACCUCCAACUCCACAACCUUCAGAGAGUCAUCUGUAUCUGCUGCCACAAUGUCAGUAAUGUCUUCUCUUCUUCUUUUCUUCCUUCUAAACCUCAGUGAUUAUUUAUGCAAUGCUAGCCGCUUCAGUUUCAUGGAGAGGGAAGAAACCAGUAGACAAAUCCAAUUACUUCCUGGUCAGGAUAUGGAGAAGGCCAUACCAUUGAAGGUGAAGCUUUCCAUGUCUAAGGAAGUACUCCAAAAGCGUGGACAAGGGCUGGUUGGUGCAAACACUCCGCGAAAGCUAAAGGAUACAAAGGCUUUUCCAAAGGGAGUGGAAGAAAAAAGAGAAACAAUAUCAGGAAUAAUUCAGAUUAUUAUGCAUUCCUCUGAUGAUGUGGUUUUGCGACAGGCAACUACAUUAAAGGGCUCAGGGAGGCGAGUGUGUUCGUUGGUAGGGUCUGCAUCACCUGUUAACAAAGAGAUGGUAGAUUCUAAGGAAAAUGAUGAUAUCAGUGAAGAUGUAGUAGUCAUGGAUUACCAGCAACCUCACCGAAAACCACCCAUCCACAAUGCUUCACCCUAGAUGAAAGAAACUAUAUUUCUGAAUAACAUGGCCACUUAUUUGAUUU